GCCAGAGGAAGGAAGUAAGGGUCUUGGAGAGAUAGAAAGAACAUUAGGAGCGAGAGCAUACAGUAGAGUACACAAGUACAUUAGACACACUGAUGUUAAACUGCAUCAGUAAAUUUGAUAAUUGGUCAAUUUUGUUUAACUACCCAGUUAUUAUUCUCACACUCAGAUUCACACUAAAACAAACAGGCAUUUAAAAUGGACGCUUGCAUUUUGUGCGUCAUAUGGGUCCUUUCCCGAAUAGGUGGUGUCGCACUUUUUUUUUAGCAACUAUUGAACGGAAAAUGAAGUUUAAAUAUUUGAAGAAUAGACAAAGUACCCAAUUGCUCAUGUAAUACCAUUGCAAUUUCACCGACAGUGUAUUCCGUUGGAUGCAGAGAAAGUAACGGAAUUGCCUUGCUUUGACAUUGAACGAAGACAAAGAAGUUCCUCUGGGAGGUUAGCUGGCUUCCUGAUCAUUUCGUUUGGAUUACCUGGCUAGCAAGCCAACAACAACCCCGAUUCAAGUGAAAUUACCCAAAACAGCAGAGAAACUAUGGAGGAGUCAGCAAGCACCAUAGAGGUCACUGUGAAGACCCUGGACUCCCAGAGCAGGAGCUACACUGUCCGUAGGGAGUUGACAGUGAAGGAGUUCAAAGAACACAUAGCUGCAUCAGUGGAGAUCCCAGUGGACAAGCAGAGACUAAUCUACCAGGGCAGAGUGCUGCAGGAUGAGAGGACACUGAACGAAUACAAUGUGGCUGGUAAGGUGAUCCACCUGGUGGAGCGUGCUCCUCCUCAGACCUCCCAGUCUGGCGGUGGGGGAGGAGGAGUGUCCUCAGGGGGAACAGAGGGAGGUGCCACCACCUCCUCCCAGGGAGGCCCACAGGACCGCAACGGGAACAGCUACGUCAUGCUGGGAACCUUUAACCUGCCCGUCAACAUCAUGGACCCUCAGCAGAUACAGAUGCAAGUGCAGCAGAUGAUGGCAGGAGUGGGAGAAGCAGGAAGGAAUACCAGAGUCAGCACCAGCACUCGAAGCAAUGGUUCAGUGGAUGUGCAUAUCAACGUUGACCAAUCAGUGCAGAGCGAGCCCAGGAUGAGGCUGCAAUUGGCUGAGAACUUGCUAAGGGAUACCCAGUCUCUGAUCCACAGACUGGAGGGUCAGCCCAGUGGUGUUCCAUCUCAAGCCGAGCCGGAGACAUCUCAGUCCACCUCCUCUUCCUCCUCCUCAUCCUCUUCCGCUACAGCUGCCACUGCAGGAGCAUCCCAGCCUAUGGACACCUCCCCUCCCGCUCCACCACCUCCCCCUCCCACCUCCUCCAGCCAGACAGAGGGACCACCCCACCCCGGGCCCAACCACCCCAGCCCAGCAGCGCUAGUGGAGGUGUUGUCAGAGGUGAGGAGGGUGGAGGAGAGGCUUCGUCCCUUCAUAGAGAGAACUCACUCCAUCCUUGGGGCUGCCACUUCAGCAGACUACAACAACAACACCCAGGAAAGAGAAGAGGACCAGCACGUUCUCAACCUGGUCGGGGAGUCUCUACGUCUCCUUGGCAACACCCUGGUUGCCCUUAGUGACCUACGUUGUAACCUGGCCACUCCUCCCCCCCGUCACCUCCACGUGGUUCGGCCCAUGUCCCACUAUGGCUCCCCCGUCCUGCUGCAGGGUGGUAUGCCACACCACACCCCCAUACCGAUAAACCUUGGAAACUUAGGAAACCUGGGGAACCUCGGAAAUUUGGGAACCACAGUCACCAUGACGUCCAAUGGGAGGCAUGCAGCCGAGGGCUGGGCCCAACCCUCUCAGUCUCCUGGCCAGUCAGAGGGCCAGGCCCCGCUUCCACAGCCCAACGCAGCCAAUCAGCAGCCAAUUCAGGGCCAGGGGGCUCCGCAUGUCAUCAGAAUCACCCACCAGACCAUGGAGCCUGUGGUAAUGAUGCAGAUGAACCUGGAUGAAUCUGGCAGCGGCCCUCAGGUCCAAGGACAACCGAUCCCUAUGGGUACUGGACAGCCUGGUGCUACUCCAGUCCAAAUCGCAGGCCUUCCUCCAGAGUUCAUGCAGGCCAUCGUCCACCAGAUCUCUCAGCAGGCUGCUGCCAUGGCAACCGCUGCUGCCACGGGUCACCCCGGGCAACCAGGAGUAGGCAUCCCCGGGACCACCCCCAGCUCUGACACCUCUGCCCACCCUCACCCUCACGGGCCUCUGCCCCCUGGAGCCAGGGUGGUGAUCACGCACCCCUCCUUCUCCCCCCACAUCCCCCAGCCUGUGGGCACCAGGGGCACCCCCAUCAACCUCAGGGCUUCAGUGCCCCCUGCUGGUGGGCAACAGAACCUUCAGGGCACACCUCUGGCUUCCUCUCCCCUAACUCAGAUGAUCAGUGGUCUGGUUGGACAGCUACUGAUGCCUGGACAACAGAUGCCUGGACAACAGAUGUUUGGACAGAUGCCUGGACAGCAAGUUCCUCCAGGUGAUCAGACAUCUACCAGCUCCUCCUCAGCCUCCCACUCCUUCUCUUUCUCCACCUCCUCCUCUUCAUCCUCUUCUGCCUCCUCCUCCUUCUCCUCCUCCAAUCCCAUCCCUCCCCACCCCUCCUGUGGGGCGAACACAUCUGGCCAGACCACCACCCACACCACCAACACCACUUCCAUGGGCCAGCCACCAGAAGGGGUCGCCGAGGCCAACCUAGCCCAACUCCUGGGCUCCCUACUGGGUGGAGCUAGUGGGCCAGGAGCCCCUGGUUCUGGAGCUAACCCACACAUCACUGUGACUGUACCAGGAGUCCCAGGGUUCUUCCAGGGAAUGUCAGACUUCAUCCAGGCUAACCAACCCAUCUUCUCCCGACCCUCACCCGUACCCCUACCCGGCCAGGAGCCUCCCCCUGGCCAAGGCACCCCUAACCCCCCUCACCAGGCGGCCCCUGGGGGUGGAGGGGACCCAUCCCUGAGCCCGGAGUUAUUUACAGGUAUUGUCCAGGGGGUCCUCUCCACCAUGAUGGGGUCUCUGGGGGCUCCGCAGGGGAACGGGGAGAGCAUCGCUCAGUUCAUCCAGAGACUGUCUCAGACCACCAACCUCUUCACACCUGGAUCUGGAGACGCUGUUGGGUUCUUUGGGGACCUGUUGUCCCUGGUGUGUCACAGUUUCUCCAUGGUGGACAUGGUGUUGUUACUCCAUGGUAACGCCCAGCCAAUCAGCCGGAUCCAGCCCCAGCUCACUGAAUUCUUCAACCAGCACUACCUGCAGGGUCGAGAGCCUACUGACGCCAAUAUCAACGCAGCAUCUGUGGACCUCAUCAAUGAUCUGGAGGAGUACAUAGCAGAGAGCUUUGCCACAGUGACUGUGAGAGAGGGCGUGGACAUCAUUCAAACCAACAUCACUUUCCUUAGACAGCAGUUCACCCGCGUGGCCACACACAUCCUACGCUGCACAGACCAAACGUUUGGUCACCGCCUGCUGCUGCUCUGCACCCAGGGUCUGUUUGAGUGUCUGGCUCUCAACCUUUACUGUCUCCGAGGGGAACAGAGAGCACUCACCCAAGUCAUCAACCACCGCAUCAGGAGGAUGUCAGCAGAGGUCAACCCCAGCCUGGUCAACUGGCUGACCAGUAUGAUGACCAUGAGACUCCACGUCAUCCUGGAUCACAACCCAGUCACUGAGGACCACAUCCAGCACUAUGUCAUCCACACACGGAGAGCAGAGCCUGGGGCACAGGCUGGACAGCAGACAGACACACAGAGUGUGGAGAUGGAUGAAGGUCUGUCCCCGGCCCCGGCCACCACUGCAGAGGAGGCCAUGGCUUCAUCAGGGAACAGACAGGAGGUCGGAGGAUAUCCCGGGGUGACCGCCCCCUCGCAGAGAGCAUCAUCAGGGGAGACCAGAGGAGCUGUUGCCAUGGCAGCAGGAGGAAGGGAGGAGUCUGGAGGAGACGUGGAGCCCUGGGCAGCUGCAGUGCCCCCUGAGUGGGUUCCUAUCAUCAGACACGACAUGCUGUCUCAGAGGAAGAUGAAGACUCAGCCCCCUCUGUCUGAUGCAUACCUCCACGGGAUGCCUGCCAAGAGGAGGAAGACCCACCAGGGUGAAGGCCCUCACCUGUCCCUGUCUGAGGCAGUGAGCCGGGCGGCCCGUGCGGCAGGAGUCAGACCUGUCACUACCCCAGAUAGCCUCCAGGGAGAGCUAGAGGAGCCAGAGCUUCAGGAGGCCUACCAAGAACAGGUGAGGAGUGACAUCAAGGAGAGAGUGAGAGAUGACCCAGAAUUCAGCUCCCAGCGUUUCCCCAACACACACCGGGCAUUUUCUCUAGACGACUCCUAAAUAUUAUUGGUCCUCAGGCCUGUCAACCAUUCCAUCUAGUCAAUCACAGUUUUCUCCCUGGAUGACUCAAAAUCUGAUUGGUUGCCACACCUGUCAAUAACCCUAUCUAGCCAAUCACUCACAACCAUGAUGUAUCCAGAAUCAUGCAUCUCAACAUCACAUCCCAAAUCAUGUCAGCUCUAUUCGUGAAAUUUCUAUCUUCAACAUUCUUUAACACGCCCCAGAUUUGAUUCUUCAACAUUCCCUGUGGGUCUGUCAUGUCCAGUGAAGAACAAAGAGAAAAGAAAACACAAGAGUCUUGACUUGCUUAAAUCCUGCUUUCUCAUUGAAAUGACACGUAUUUAAAACCGAGAAGAGCUUUACAACCGGUCUGUCAUCUAUCAAUGGAAAAUGUCAGUCUCUCUGUGGUAUCUCCCCUAAAGCACCGCUUUCUCAUUCCAACAAACUUGUUUCUAACCGGUUGUGGUGAUCUGUAUGUCUGGUUGUCCUUAAGGUUUUGCUGUAACUUGUAAAUUAGCACAAAUUGUACAUUGUAUUAAGAACGUGAUGUAAUAAUAUUCUAGUGAUAAUGCAACAGCUAUUCCUUGUUAAGUAACGAAAACCUUCCGUAGGCUUUUGGGGGGGGGGGGGGGGCGUUUAGUUUGGUAUCCUGACUAGAGAUGAAAGAAGCACAGAUUCUGCAUGUUGACUGGCCUGGUUAAACCAGACUGAACCGUGCGAACAAGUGAAACAGUGGUGAGUGCAACAUUGUCUGGUGUGAUUGUGUUACAUCUUUACGUAUUUACUUUCAGGAUAGAGGAUGGUAGAGGUUUAGGUGUUAGGGGUGAUUGUCAUGUCAUCAGUGACAUUUUGAGUUGAGCUAUUUUAAAGUGACUGUGAAUACGAGGCUCAAUGGUGUUUUAGCCAUAAUUAUGUUAAGUUGUAAUAAUAACUGCCAUAAUCAAGACCAUGAUAAAGAUAAGUCUCGUUUUAUGCCAUUGUAUUUCUUUCUAGGCGACCACGGCUAUCAUUUCUAGAACCUGACUGUUGUAAAAAGUUGAAUGCUAUGUAACCUGUGAACAUUGCUUUAAAAUAAAUUGUCGAUGUCGAAAAGCUAA